AUGGAAAAUAAUUCUACAACAUCAUUGACAUUCAAUAACGACGAUCUAUUGGUUGUAUGUCUAAAUGAUAAUUCUCCAAAUCAAGUAAAUGAUCCUUUUAUUAACAUAUAUGAUGAUUUAAACAAUUUAACAAAUAAUGUUAAAUUAUUUCAUGAUAAAGAUGAGUAUAUUAACUAUAUAACAUCGAUCAAAUCAAAACUACAUAUAUUUCUUAUCAUACUUUCUCCUGAUGUAUUUGUUCAUCCAGAUGUUCUUGGAUUUUCACAAAUUAGAUUUAUUUAUGUUCUUUAUAUCAAUGAAACUGAUCGUAAUCAUGAUCAUAUUCAUAAAUAUGUAAAAGAACAAAAUAUAUACGAUGAUAAAAAUUUACUUAUACGAAAAGUGAAAUAUGAUAUGAAGCAAGUUUUAGAAGAUCUUUCAACACAUUUGACAUUUUACAAUAUUAAAGAACGAUCUCUCAAAGAUUUAUCAAAAGAAAAUCAAUACUUUAUGUAUAUGCAUUUGUUUUAUGAAAUUCUAUUACGUGAUUCAAAACCAAAUGAAGCAAAAGAAGAAUUAAUCCAAGAAUGCCGACAAUCCUAUAAGAAUAAUGAAAAACAAUUGAGAUUCAUUGAAGAAUUUCGAGAAGAAGAUAUUUCAAAAGCAGCUAUUAAAUGGUACACACGAGAUAGUUUUCUCUAUCGUCUUUUAAAUCAAGCAUUAAGAUGUCAAAAUUUUGAAAUGAUUUACAAAUUUCGAUAUAUUAUUAAAGAACUGUAUGAUCAACUAAAACGUUUACACGAAAAACAAGCCAAGAUAUUAAAGUCUCUUGGAAAAGCCUAUCGUGGUCAAUUAUUACAUAGAAAUGAACUGGAACAUCUGAAACAAAAUGAAGGAAUAUUAAUAUCAAUGAAUUCAUUUUUAUCAACAACAAUAGAAAAGGAAGUUGCAUUAACAUUCAUACUUGGAGCAGAUGAAAAUGAAUUAGUACCUAUUUUGUUUGAAAUAGAUAUGACAGAUGUUGAAUACAAGUCAGCUCCAUAUGCUUAUAUACGACGAUAUACUUAUAUGAAACAUGAAAAGGAAAUUUUAUUUUCAAUGGAUUGUGUCUUUCAAGCAAAGAAAGUAAACAUAUGUGAAGAAUUUGGUACGAAAUAUUAUGUUGUUACAUUGAUUACUACUAAUAAACAUGAAGAUGAUAAUGAACUGAAAAAAUUAAUGAAUUUUAAGAGUUACGAACUUGAAUGUUUUCGAAACGAUUUAUCCGCUUUAGGUUUCCUAAUGGAAAAAAUGGGAUAUUAUGAACAAGCGAAAUUUUUUUAUAGAUUAAAAGAAAAAAAUUCAUCAAAUGAUCAGAUAAGUUCUGCGACAUCAUCCGUUGAAUUUGCGUUAAUUGAAGAUAUUCAAGGAAAUUACGCUGAAGCUUUGAAUAGUUUAAACAAAGCAUUAGAAAUUCAACUGAAUGUCUUACCAAGAGAUCAUAGAAAAAUCACAGUGAUAUAUAGCAGCAUUGGAAGAGUUUAUCAACAUCAAGGUGCCUAUGAUAAUGCUUUGAAUUGUUAUAGAAAAGCAUUGACAACUUCUUUACAAAUACUUUCGAAUGAUCAUCCACUUGUUGCCAAAGUCUGUUGUAAUAUUGUUGCGGUCUAUUGUGAACAAGGAAAAUUUGCUGAAGCUUUGAACUAUUGUGACAAAACGAUCGGCUUUCUCAAUUAUUUACCUGAUAAUCAUCCAGAUAUUGCAUCAGUAAGCAAUAAUAUUGCAGUUAUUUAUCAUCAUCAAGGCAGGUAUGUUGAAGCUUUGAAAUACUUCGAAGAAGCACUUCGUGUUCGUCAAAAAACUUUACCUGAAAAUCAUUCAGACAUCGCAUCAUCAUAUAAUAACAUUGCACAAGUUUAUGAAAGUCAGGGAGAUACUGAACAAGCUCUAAAAUAUUUGAAGAAAUCACUUAAAAUUCGAAAAGAAUCUUUAGGUGAAGAUCAUCCAGAUACUGCAACUGUGUACAAUAAUAUUGGAAUGGUUUUAUUUCAUCAAGACGAUUAUGCUCAAGCGUUCAUUGCUCUGAAGAAAGCACUUACUAUUCAAUUAAAAUCUUUAUCUGAAAAUCAUCCAGAAGUUGCAAUAACAUAUAACAAUCUCGGACAAAUUUAUAAAGAGCAAAAGAAUUUCGAACAAGCUCUGGAAUGUUAUCAAAAAGCACUGAACAUUUUUUCUACAUCAUCACUUGAAAAUCAUCGCAACAUGGCAGCAGCAUACAGCAACAUGGGUUUAGUCUAUCAAGAUCAAGGCAAACUUGAUCAAGCUAUGGAAUCUCAUCAGAAAGCGCUCACUAUUGUGCUCAAAUCUUUAUCUGAAAACCAUCCAGAUGUUGUAGUAAUACAGAACAAUAUUGCUUUAGUACAUUACAGUCGAAAAGAAUAUUCCGAAGCUUUAGCUGCUUUCCACAAAAUGCUUGAAAUUCAAUUAGAAUCUUCAUCUAUUAAUUAUCUAGCUAUUGCAACCACAUAUAGCCAUAUGGCAAUGAUAUAUGGAACUCAAAAGAACUUUCCUAAACUCUGUCAAUCUUGUGACAAUACGCUUAUUUUUGUUUUGCAGUAUCCACGUGAAAUUCAUCCAUGUGUUGUCAAGGUAUAUAAAAAUUUGGGAGACGCCUAUUAUAUGCAAGGCGAGUAUGAUUUAUCUUUGUACUAUUAUGAGAACGCACUUGCAAUUCAAUUAGAAUGUUUACCCAAAAAUGAUUUUAGUGUCGCUGAAAUCUAUAUGAAAAUGGCGGAUGUAUACUAUAGCCAAGAAAAACGUCUCGAAGGUUAUAAAGUUUAUAAGAAAGGAUGUGAAAUUAAAUUGAAUUUGUUGCUUGAAAAUCUUCCAGAUCUAUCGGCAACACAUGACGGUAUCGAAGAAUCUCAUAAAUAUCAACAACAUUAUACUGUUGCUGUGAACUUAUGUGAAGAUAUACUUAAAAUUCAAUUAUACUUCUUACCGGAAGAUCUUCGAAGCAUUGCAAAUACAUACAAUCGAUUAGGGACUAUUCACAAACGUCAAAGAAACUAUGAAAAAGCUCUACAACACUAUACAAAAGCUCUUCACAUUCAGCUAAAUUCAUUACCCGAAAAUGAUCCGGAUAUCACAAGAACAUAUUGGUUUAUGGGCAAUCUAUUAGUUAGUGUAGCCAUGAACAAUCGCUGA